AAAGAGAGAAAAGAACAGCUUUUCUAAUGGAAAUCCUUUCAAGCAAAUGGAUAUCUGAACUGGUAAAACACUUUUCUUUCUCCUCCUGUUUGGGGAAAAAAACAUUUUUUCUUAUGAAAGUUGGUUGGUUUGCAGGAAAUGGAGGAUCCAACUUUUUUCCCACAAUUGCCUAUUGUCAACUAUUCAUUUGAUGAUAGAAAUUUCCAAUCCUUUUCAUCCGAGAGUUAUUCGUCUUAUCCAAACAUUGGCCAGAAAAUCUCCCAAAACGAUGUUUCAUGCUACAAUAUUGAAGCUUACCGUCAAGUGGACGAUGAGUUCACAAGGCCAAUGAAACAACUCAAAACCGAUAACUGGAGCUUCAUCCCACCAAAGGCUUCUUCUUCAUCUUCCCAUAUAAUAUCCUUCAACAACUCCAAUUCACCCCCGGCUGUCUGUCAACAACACCACGGCCUUGACUGCGACCUCAAACCAAACAAUAAUGAGGUUUCAAAGAGGGUGGUGCGUUCAUUGACUAGGACUCCACUACAUGCUCAAGAUCAUGUCAUAGCUGAAAGGAAGCGCCGCGAAAAGCUCAGCCAGAGGUUCAUUUCACUUUCAGCACUCAUUCCUGGCCUCAAAAAGACGAAUAAGACAUCGGUUCUUGGAGAUGCUAUCAAGUACCUGAAACAGCUUCAAGAGAAAGUGACAACACUGGAGGAACAAGUUGCUAAGAAAGCGGUGGAAUCAGUGUUCUUCGUGAAGAAAACCCAGAUUUAUGCAGACGAUAAGACAUCUUCCUCCGAUGAGAACUUUGAGAGUCAACAAUUCAACAAGCCAUUCCCUGAGAUCGAAGCAAGAGUUUCAGACAAAGAUGUGCUGAUUAGAAUCCACUGCGAGAACAGAAAAGGGUUCAUCUCCAACAUCAUAAACCAAGUCGAAUUGCUUCAUCUCUCUGUGCUCAAUACCAAAGUCUUGCCCUUUGGACAAGCCACUCUUGACCUAACCAUUGUUGCUCAGAUGAAAGCUGAGUUUUCAAUGACAGUGAAGGAUCUCGUGAAAACCCUACGACUGGCUUUGCUGAAGUUCAUGUGAUCAACAACUGCAAAAACCAUGUUCACACCGAGAAAACAAGAUUGCCACCAUAUUUCUUUUCAUCUCUCUCUCUCUCUCUUUUUGGAUCAGUGAUGAUUUUCUAUAGUUAAUCUUUUGUUGGGUUUUUCCCCUCAAACCUUAAAAGAGAGAAACAGUAGCCUGCGACCUGCCAUUAUCAACAUAGCUUGAAGGAUCCAGAUUUGGGAGAAAAGUAGGGUUUCCAUGUGUUUAGUUACUAGUUUUUCGUGGUGAUAACUUGUUGACCACGUUUAAUUUUUCCCUACUUGGCUGUAUUUGGAUUCUCCAUAGCUAUGAAAGCUUCAAGAGGUUUUUGAGGGGUUUUGACCUAAAAUCAUGUAACUGACCCCUCUUCCCCCUUGUUUUUUUUUUCUCUCCAUUAAAAGUUGGAGAUUUACAGGCAGAUUUUCUUUCUUAGGUUUGAUUAAAGUUUCUAGGAACCUUUAAUCUUUCGAGUGUUAUGUAAUAUUUCACCUUUAAUUUACUUGAUGUGGAUUGAAUAACAAAC